UUUAAAAAUAUUUUGUUAUUCGGUACUGAUGAUUAAGCACAACAAGUUUGUUCCGAAAGUCUAAGAAAUUAAUAUUUUUUUGUUUAUCUUUGAACACUAUUAUGUUUAUGACUUUUCUUAAAACUUAUGUUUUCCAAACUAAUAAAAAUGCUUUUCGAAACCGAUAACUUAAGAAGUAUUUAUAAACAAACCCAAAUAGAAGUCCCUAAGUGCAAUAUGCUAUAAAUGUAUAUCUGUAAGUCAAAGGUUUAGUCAACAAUUAGUAACAUAGCCCUGAGAUACAAACAGAAACCUAUGUACUUACUAAUUUUUUAGGUUUGAUAGUCAUCAAUUGUUAUAAAAGAAUAUUUAUUUUUGACAAUUUUAGUCAUUUGCUAAAGCAAAUUGAACUCCAAUUCAAAAAUAUCCUUUUGGAAAGAAUAUUCUAAAAUGUUGUUUUUGGCAAGCUUUUAUUUUAGGCAUUCUUAAACAACCAAAACCUGUUUUAGAAUGUGGCAGGAGCCAAUCAAGAAUCAUUUGUUACUGGAUUGCGCCACAGAUCCAGUGUCACAAAAUUUUAAUCCAUAUGAAGUACUAGAACCACAGAAAGUUGAUUUAAAAGAUAAAAUCCUUGUUGAUUUAACACCGGUAGAAGAAAAACAACCUGAUGCCACGCUACAAGUGGGGUCUUUUUUAGAUACUGUUACUAAAACAGACUACAAUUUAGUUGAUUUGUAUCAAAAUAUCUAUGUUACACCACUUCAUUUACAAAAAAAGCCAUCUCAAAUUGACAAAAAUGCACUUAUUGACUUCGGCAAUUACAUUGACAAACAGGAAGUUAAAAAUAUAGAAAAUAAUAAUGUAACAGCUGUUAGGCUAGAUAAAACUAACUUACACGGCUUUGAUGAUUUCAUUCACCGAAUAGUACCAUCCAGUGCCAACACAACUGAUGUGAGAGAAACAACUGAGGAUGCAAGUAAAAAUAAUUUAGAUGCAACAAUUGAUGAUCUAAAGAGAUCAUGUAUAACUAAAUUUGACACAAGCAUUCCAGAAACAUCUGAAUUUUCAUUAUUCAACAACUUUAAAUGUUCAACUUCAAAGAAUGAUCCACACAUAGAAACAAAAACACCAAAGGCUGAAAAAGUUGGCACUUCAGAUUUUAAACCAGAUUAUGAAUACAUGACAAAUCAAACAAAAGAUCAUUCAAAAGAUAUUUCACAUCAAAAUAAUUUUAAAGAUUGUCCCGGUAUGAAAAGUGACCUAAGUCACUUUCAACUCACUGAUAGCAUGAGAAGAAACAUAUUAGAUGAAAUUGAAAAAGAAGAAAUCCCAGUCAAAUGCAAAUGUUAUAAUGCAAAAAAUAUUUUAAACCUCAAUAAAUCAAUGGAUGCAUUUUUCAUUAAUCCAUUUGAUAACAAUCUUCCAGUCACUCAUUCAAAGGAUCUCAAAAAACCCAAAGCACUCAGUAUGCUAUCUAAUAAUAAAUUUACCCAAAUAAAAUCAGGGCAAUUACUACAAACUGUUGUCAAAGAUCAAAAACUAUACGCUAAACAGAUGAAAUUAAAAGAAAACAACCAAAACUUAACGAAAGGCCCUGAUAUCUACGAAAAGUCAAUUAUCUUGCCGCAAAUCAUGGAGCGCUUGGCGGCAAGAAAAAAAGUAUUAGAUGAUCAGAGAGAUUGGAAACGGCGACUUGUUUUGGACAGUGGAGAGUCUAAAUUUAAUGAGGACAUUCCUUCUGUUAAAACCGAAAUUCUUAAGGCAGAUUGUAAUAAGGAGCGCCUCACUAAUUUAAAAAUAAGGUCAUCUUUUGAAAACUUCAUCAAAACUGGUUCAACUAAAUAAUUUCUAUACUCCAAUAUAUGCAGUGAAUUUCAUAGAAUUACUAACUUGUGAUGUUAUGAAGCUCUGGUCAAAAAUAUGGUAUAUGUAUAUGUUAAAACAUCACCUAAAUUUGUCAACCUUUUUUGGAAGAUUAGGAACACAAACAAUAUCUCACCAUAUAGUUAUAUAUAUAUAUUAUACCAUACAAGCAAAGGGCACUGAGGCAUCUAGGAGACCCAUCACUUCCUUGACUGCAGCUAGAACAGCUUCUCUUAUUAAUGACACCAGUUCAAGCCGCUGAUAUAGUGAAGAGUCCCUGGAAAAAUAAUGACAGGAAAUUAUAAUUAUGACUAAGACAACUAAGGCACAAUUUGUCAAGCAUUAUUAAUAAUUAAUCUGGAG